AGAACUUGCUAAAAUUAGUUUUCCUUGCUUCUCCUUGCAUAAGCUUAAAAAUGAAUCGACUACUACGAUCUACAGUGUCCUUGCUUAAUACCGAGAACAGGUCAACAUAUUGUAGACUUCUUGCAUAUUAUUCACAAAAUACUGGAAGCAAAGAACACAUUGACGGUCUUGUCAAAGACAAAAAAGUUGUUUUAUUCAUGAAGGGCACCCCUGAUCAGCCCAUGUGUGGCUUUAGUAGAUUGGUAGUGCAGUGUCUAAAUAUGCAUGGUGUUGAAUUCAAAGCACAUAAUGUUCUUCAAGAUGAAAGUUUGAGACAAGGAAUAAAAGAUUACAGUAACUGGCCAACCAUACCUCAGGUUUAUUUAAAUGGUGAAUUUAUUGGAGGUUCUGAUGUGUUGGUGGAGAUGCACAAAAAUGGAGAACUUGUGGAUGAAUUGCAGAAAAUUGGAAUCCGAUCGGCUUUGUUAGAUCAUAAAGACAGUUCUUGAAAUCCUAUGGCUGACAUUGAGAGAGCAAAAAAUGAUAUUUAAACAGCUUUGUACUCAUCACCUUGUUUUUUCAUAGUUUAACUAUUGUGAAUGUAUCAUAAAACAACAAUGCAAUGUUUUGUAAACAUCAUGAAUUUUAAACAUGUCAAAUAUAUUAAAAUGAUAUUGAAAAUGGCAGAAGAAUGGAAAAUUUGAAAUAUUGCAGUAAACAAGAAUAAUUUUUAAGAUUUGGAUGUAUGAUUGAAAGACAUUUUUGUCAUAAAAAAAAUAAAAUCUGACAGAAAUAUUAUCCUGUCUCUUUCAUGUCUGUCAUGUCUGUUGUAAUAUUAUUAAGAAUGCAAUGUGAAGCGUUUUUCACACUCAGCUUUUCAUUUUUGAUUGCCAUAUUAAUUAUGAUGCCUUUGUCCUUUAAAUCUUUCCUUUUUGCUUAAUGAACUAGGAGACAUAUAUAUUGUAAAAGUGUUUAAUGUAUUUCUAAUGUGAAAUCAUUCAAAAUAUCUUGUUUUUUUCUAGUAUCAAUAUUCUUAUUUUAAUACAGUUUGAAACACUA